AUGUCAUCCUCACUCGAAAAUGCUGAGUCGGAAUGGGUAGCCCAGUAUGCAGCGCUGCGACAAACGUUAAAUGAAUUGAGAAUAGAGCAGCCGAAUGGUGAAAGCAGAGGAUAUGGACACGACAUUAUGCUUGACGAUGAGGAUCUCACAGGCAGCAGUGGCUCGGAUGACUUGUGGAACGUGUUCAGUGAUGAUGAACAGGAUCGAGAGUACAGCAGUGACAUGUCAGGUGGUGUUACAGAGUCCCCGAGCGGCAAAUCCAAGUCAGCCUAUUCAUACGGUCAGGAGUGGCUCAGGAGCAAAUGCCUCGCUUUUGCGAGCAGCAAAUCAGGCAUGGACGCAGAAGAGCUACAGCAACAGUUGUCCGCUAUGUUGGCGUCAGAUAUGAGAGAUGACGACCUUCAGAUGUCUCUUGCUGACAUAUUGGGCUUUGAUGACCUCGACUCUGUCAUACAGCUAAUAGCUCAUCGCAGUCAAAUCCUGUCAAGCGAGUUCCAUGAUCCGAGCUCGGCAAACGGUGUACUUGGUCAUCUCCAAAGCAAAAGGCAAAGGGAGCAAGCCCUACAACAUCAGGAUCAUGAACACAAAGCAGCAAGCCUUGACCCAGCGCAGAAUCAUAACGGCCCUCGGUAUCCGCACGUGUACAAAGUCCACAGCGCGGCGAACACUUUGGCUGCAGGAGGCCGCAAGUAUGGGUUACCUGUCGGUAGCAAGAGAACAGAACAUGAAAAGUAUGAAGAAUACUUGAUUCCCGCAGCUAAGGUGGGUACGUUGGGUGUCGGUAGAAAGCUCGUUGAGAUUUCCGAGAUGGACGGGUUGUGCAGAAGAACUUUCAAGGGCUACAAAGCCUUAAAUCGCAUGCAAAGCCUGGUGUAUCCAGUCGCGUAUAAGACAAAUGAGAACAUGUUAAUAUGUGCUCCCACCGGUGCUGGCAAAACAGAUGCUGCUAUGCUUGCGAUUCUGAAUGCAAUCGGCCACAACCUCACCCCCAGUCCCGUGGAUGCGCCCGAUGCCUCGGAAUUUCUAGUCAAUUCUGAAGAUUUCAAAGUCAUUUACGUGGCCCCAAUGAAAGCAUUGGCGGCUGAGAUCACCGAAAAGCUUGGGAGACGUCUUGCGUGGCUGGGCAUUCAGGUGCGUGAGUUUACUGGAGACAUGCAUUUGACAAAGAAAGAAAUCGUCCAGACUCAGAUCAUCGUGACUACGCCCGAGAAAUGGGACGUUAUCACCCGCAAGAGUACUGGCGAUACCGAGCUUGUACAGAAAGUCCGACUGCUCAUCAUAGAUGAAGUGCACAUGCUUCAUGACGAACGGGGCGCCGUAAUUGAGUCUCUCGUUGCUCGAACAGAGAGGCAGGUCGAAAGCACUCAAUCUCUCAUUAGGGUUGUUGGCCUUUCUGCAACGUUGCCAAAUUACGUUGAUGUUGCAGAUUUCCUCAAGGUAAAUCGCAUGGCAGGACUAUUCUACUUUGAUGCCUCGUUCCGGCCAGUGCCUCUCGAGCAACAUUUCAUUGGUGUAAAAGGAAAAACAGGAACCAAAUCAUCCCGUGACAACAUUGACCAGACAGCUUUCGAUAAACUCAAAGACAUGCUGGAGUGUGGACAUCAGAUCAUGGUCUUCGUACAUUCUAGGAAAGACACCGUCAACUCCGCGAGGACAUUCAUGCAGAUGGCUCAAGAUCAGCAAUGUCUAGACCUAUUUGAUUGUCAAGCGGUGGAGGGAUUUGCAACAGCAAUGAAAGAUCUGAAGAACACCAAGGGAAGGGAGCUCAGAGAAAUCGUCCCCAAGGGCUUCGGUACUCACCAUGCUGGGAUGCCAAGAUCUGAUCGAAAUCGAGUCGAACAGCUUUUCGCGCAAGGGCACAUCAACGUGCUCUGCUGUACAGCGACACUCGCAUGGGGUGUCAAUCUACCAGCUGCUGCGGUCAUCAUCAAAGGGACCCAGAUGUAUAGCUCCCAAGAGGGCAGAUUCGUCGAUCUUGGCAUCUUGGAUGUGUUGCAAAUAUUUGGGCGUGCUGGUCGACCGCAAUUCCAAGCUACUGGCAUUGGCUUCAUCUGUACCACUCAUGACAAGCUAGACCACUAUCUUUCUGCGGUGACUCAACAGCAGCCAAUCGAGUCAAAGCUCUCUCGAAAACUGGUGGACAAUCUGAACGCAGAAAUUGCUUUGGGGACUGUGACUUCUAUCCCCGAAGCUGUUCAAUGGCUCGGUUACUCCUACCUCUUCGUGCGAAUGCAGCGCAAUCCACUGACAUACGGCAUCGACUGGGCCGAGAUUCGUGAUGAUCCCCAUCUUGUCCAAAGAAGGCGAAAGUUGGCGGUUGAUGCAGCGCGUGUGCUGCAGCAGAGCCAGAUGAUUAUCUUCAACGAAACGACCGAGGAGCUUCGGGCCAAGGACGUUGGUAGGAUUGCAAGCCAGUAUUAUGUCUUGCAAACAAGCAUUGAGAUCUUCAAUACCAUGAUGGGAGCGAGAGCCACUGAAAUAGAUGUUCUCAAAAUGAUCAGCAUGAGCGGCGAGUUCGACAAUAUUCAAUCCCGCGACAACGAGUCAAAGGAACUUACAAGGCUCAGAGAGGAAUCAACUCAUUACGAGGUGGUGGGGGGCAACGACAUCGCAUCAGCAAAGACAAACAUUCUGCUCCAAUCCUACAUCUCUCGGGCUCGUAUCGAUGACUUCGCUCUUGUCUCUGAUUGCGCAUACGUAGCACAGAACGCUGCAAGAAUAUGCAGGGCACUGUUCAUGAUAGCUCUUAACAGAAGAUGGGGUCAUCAGUGUCUCGUCAUACUCUCUCUAUGCAAGUCGAUUGAGAAGCAAAUAUGGCCCUUUCAGCAUCCGUUUCACCAAUUCGACCUUCCUCAGCCUAUAUUGAGAAAUCUUGACGAGAAGUCGAAUGUCUCUUCCAUUGAGUCAUUACGCGACAUGGAGUCUGCAGAGAUCGGCCAGGUGGUUCAUAACAACCGAAUGGGAAAUACAAUCUCGAAGCUCCUGGACAACUUCCCAACGUUGACCGUUGAAGCUGAGAUUGCUCCUCUGAACCGCGAUGUUCUUCGAAUCAAUCUACACCUUACUGCCGAUUUUCGCUGGAACGAUAGACACAAUGGAACGUCAGAAUCAUAUUGGAUUUGGGUCGAAAACUCGGAAAACUCGGAAAUUUACCACCACGAGUAUUUUAUCUUGACGCGCAAGAAGCUUUACGACGACCACGAGCUAAAUUUCACCAUUCCUCUGUCGGACCCUCUGCCAACACAGAUAUACGUGCGGGUUGUCUCAGACCGAUGGCUGGGUGCAGAAACCGUGACUCCAGUGUCCUUCCAGCACCUCAUCAGGCCAGACACGGAAAGCGUGUAUACAGAUCUUUUAGAUCUUCAACCGCUUGCGGUUGCUGCGCUAAAAAAUACCUUGCUCGAAGAAAUAUAUGGGCAACGAUUCUCAUUCUUCAAUCCAAUGCAAACCCAGAUCUUCCACACUCUUUAUCACACUUCGGCCAACGUGCUGCUCGGUUCUCCAACUGGUAGUGGAAAGACAGUCGCCGCAGAGCUAGCUAUGUGGUGGGCUUUCCGCGAGAAGCCUGGAUCUAAAGUCGUCUAUAUUGCGCCGAUGAAAGCACUGGUGCGAGAGCGAGUGCAAGACUGGCGCAAGCGCUUAGUCCGCCAAAUGGGCCUUAAGCUUGUCGAGCUGACCGGUGAUAAUACGCCUAAUACUCGAACCAUUCGAGAUGCUGAUAUCAUCAUCACUACGCCUGAAAAGUGGGAUGGUAUAAGUCGUAGCUGGCAAACUAGAGCUUACGUCCGCCAAGUGAGCUUGGUGAUCAUUGACGAAGUUCAUCUUCUUGGAGGUGAUCGAGGGCCGAUCUUAGAGAUCAUCGUUUCCCGUAUGAAUUACAUUGCUUCUCAAUCCAAAGGUUCUGUGCGACUGGUGGGAAUGUCGACUGCUUGUGCCAAUGCCAUGGAUUUGGGAAAUUGGCUAGGUGUCAAAGAAGGACUCUUCAAUUUUCGACAUUCAGUCAGGCCGGUGCCGCUCCAGAUAUUUAUAGAUGGGUUUCCAGAACAACGAGGCUUUUGCCCUCUCAUGCAAUCGAUGAACCGUCCGACGUUCCUAGCAAUCAAGACCCAUUCGCCCGAGAAACCGGUCAUUGUCUUUGUUGCUUCCCGAAGGCAAACGCGCUUAACAGCAAAGGACUUGAUCAACCUCUGUGGCAUGGAGGACAACCCCCGACGCUUUAUACGCAUGUCAGAAGAUGACCUACAGCUCAACCUGUCCAGAGUUAAAGACGAGGCUCUGCGAGAGGCCCUGAGCUUCGGCAUCGGUCUGCAUCAUGCUGGAUUGGUAGAAGCUGAUAGGCAGUUAGCCGAAGAGUUAUUCGCCAACAACAAGAUCCAAAUACUCGUGGCAACGUCUACGCUUGCUUGGGGUGUCAACUUGCCAGCCCAUUUGGUCGUAGUCAAGGGUACUCAAUAUUUCGAUGCUAAAAUCGAAGGGUAUAAAGACAUGAAUCUGACCGAUGUAUUACAAAUGCUAGGCCGCGCUGGACGGCCACAAUUCGAUACUUCGGGAAUUGCCCGCAUUUUCACCCAAGAGGCUAAAAAGGCAUUUUACAAACAUUUUCUACACACAGGUUUUCCUGUGGAGUCCUCCCUUCACAACGUUCUCGAAAACCAUCUAGGCGCCGAGGCUUCUGCGGGCACGAUCAGUACCAAGCAAGAUGCGCUGGAUUAUCUUACUUGGACUUUCUUCUUUCGCCGACUGCACAAAAAUCCUUCUUACUACGGCCUUGAGAUAUCGUCCGAAGAGCACAACACGAUCGCAGCGCAGCAACUAGCCAAUGAAUUCAUGGUUGAACUUGUCGACAAGUCUCUGGAUGAAUUAGCGGAAUCGGGUUGUAUUGCACAGCACUCCAGCGGCGACGUCGAUUCGACUCCACUUGGUAAGAUCAUGAGUUAUUACUACUUAUCUCACAACACCAUCCGACAUCUAGUGAAGCAUGCUAAAAGAGACGCGAACUUCGAGGACGUACUGGCUUGGAUGUGCGGUGCAAACGAAUUCGAUGAGCUUCCUGUACGGCACAAUGAGGAUCUUAUCAACGCGGAAUUGUCAAAGAACCUACCAUUGAAAGCCGAAGCCCUCAGCCUUCCGAUGUGGGACCCUCACGUCAAAGCGUUCCUGCUUCUCCAGGCCUAUUUUUCCCGCAUCGACUUGCCAAUAUCCGACUACGUUGGCGACCAAAACUCAGUCCUAGACCAGAGCAUACGUAUUGUCCAAGCUUCCAUCGAUGUGUUGACAGAGAUGGGCUACCUGUCGAGCUGCAUCAUGAUGAUUACUUUGCUGCAGUGCAUCAAGUCAGCUCGCUGGCCAUUGGACGGUCCCUUGUCUAUCUUUCCUGGCGUGAAUACGGACAAAGAGCGGGCAAGAGCAAAAGAUGGAGGGUCACAACCCCCCUCACUAGCCCAGAUCCACAAUGUUGCCAAACCCGUACUUUCCAAGGUACUUAAUAGUCUUGACGUGCCUCACGAACUGGAGUCUCAAGUCGAAAAAGCAAUUGGCACACUCCCAAACCUCAAUGUCAAUGUCAUGGACGUCAAUGCCCUUGGCCUCACUGUAGGCGCUGCUCGUCUCAACCCCGCAACGCAGCCUGAUUAUCGCAUUUAUGCCCCCAAGUUUCCCAAACCACAAUCCGAAGGCUUCUUCCUUGUCGUUGCUGAUCCAGCCAAAGACGAGGUUUUGGCGUUGAAAAGGAUAAAUUGGCCUUCAGUGCAAAAGGUACGUGGUGGUGGAAACAAGCCAACGUCGAGAUCCAUACUGAAGUUGAAGCCUGAGAGUGUGGAGAGAAAAGUCGAUGUCCUCGUGGCCAGCGAUGCGUAUGUAAAUAUGAUGUGGAAGAUCAAGGGCAUAGAGAUGCCGGCAGCGCCAGUUGUUGAGGAUGUCAAUGGAAAGAAGAGCUCAUGA